CCCAAGCUAUUCUCUCUCUCUCCCUCUCGACCCUCACGGCCUCACCUCCUCCGUGGAUUUUUUUUUUCUUUUUCUCUUGAGCAUCAGGGAUCCCAUCCGUCGCUCUGCCGCCGCAUCCCGCCCUUGCUUGCUUCCGAUCUUCCCUGUACCCCGCUGAUCAUCGCCUAGCCCUAGGGCCGCUGACUUCGUCGCCCACUUCUCUCUCUCCUGCUUUGCUACGCCGCGAGGGGGUGGAGGGCUGGAACAGCGAGGAUGGCCCCUGCCCGGAUAAGGGGAGACGAAGGCAUCGGCAAGAACAGCUGUAAUAAAACGUGGAGGAAGAAGAUUUCGAAGAAGCAAUCUGCGCAGCAAGGAGGUGUAAAUCAGCCUUUGGUUGUACCUCAACUCUUCAAGUUCCACAAGUUUAUGAGGCUCUUUACUCUCCAAGAGAUGCUCUUUCUGCGUCGAAGAAAGAGUAAAUGGGAGCAACAACAGGAGGAGGUAGAAUUGUUCUCAGAAGAGGAGGAAUGCUCCACUACACGCUUUUGGAGGGAUCCGGAUACUGAGUUCUGCAACAUCUGUGGAGACGACAAGGGAAACCAUCUGGAGCUGAUGUGCCCCUACAACUAUCUUUCCCCGGCUGCGUACUUCCCAUGCAGAGCGCGGCUCGCUCUCUGGGGCAACUACACAACCACGCUCCGUUACAAGUGCUCGCGGCACAGAGAGGAAGAGCAAAGCGAGCCCCCGAUGCACGACGAAGCGAACGCGAGGCGUCUCGGGUUCCUGCGGUGCCUCGUCCGCGUGAACAACCUGUCGGAGUUGUGCCCACCGGAGCAGCUCGUUGAGCUGUUCGGCCGGUUCGGGCCGCUGUGGAUGUGGUACGUCCCGACGCGAGGCUCCGGGGGGACAUGCAAGGGAUUCGGCUGCGUCGUGUUCCAGCGACAUCGGCACGCGGAGGAGGCCGUGGAGGCGCUCAACUGCUGGGAAUUCGGUGGCCGCAAGCUGCGAGUCGAUUGGGCUUACCCUUGUCUAAACUGAUGGCUCUGCUCGCUCGUCUAUGUUCCGACCGAUUCAGUCAAAAUCGAAAAAACAAAAAUGAUGUUUCCUUCAAAAAGGUCUAAGAAAUAGUAGUAGUAGAAUGAUCUGGAUUUUUUUUUCUAUGUUGAAAGUUCAAUUAGUGAUGGGUUUUGGUAAAUGGUUCAGUGUGGAAUUACGAAUGGGUGCAGUGAGUUGAGUGCAGGCUCAUUCUCACUUGAUAA